UGACGCCAAGGUGAUAGAGUGUCCUGGGCACGGCCGGCUCCGUCCGUGGCAGGGCUUGGGCUGCCUAGUGCCAUGGCCUCCCGUGCGGGCCCCCGGGCUGAGGGCACUGAUGGCAGUGACUACCAGCAUCGCGAGAGGGUGGCCUCCCAUUACCAGAUGAGCGUGGCCCUGAAGUCCGAAAUAAAGAAGCUGAUCUACAUGCAGGUGGCCAUCUGGCUGCUGCUCCUGGCCCAGAUGUGCGUGGGUCACCUGAAGCUGCUGCCCCAUGACCAGGUGGCCAUGCCCUACCAGUGGGAGUACCCCUACCUGCUCAGCAUCAUCCCCUCUCUCUUCGGCCUCAUGUCCUUCCCCCGCAACAACAUCAGCUAUCUGGUGCUGUCCAUGAUCAGCACAGGCCUGUUCUCGGUGGCACCCCUCAUCUACGGCAGCAUGGAGAUGUUCCCCAUGGCGCAGCAGCUCUACCGCCACGGCAAGGCCUACCGCUUCAUCUUCGGCUUUUCCGCCGUCUCCGUCAUGUACCUGCUGGUGGUGGUGGCGGUGCAGGUGCACGGCUGGCAGCUCUACUACAGCAAGAAGCUCCUGGACUCCUGGUUCACCAGCACGCAGGAGAAGAAGAAGAAAUGA